AUGGCAGUCACAUUGUAUAACCUUAAGUCUGAAUCUGGGUUGAAGAAACUUGACGAGUACCUUCUUACACGCAGUUAUAUCACUGGGUACCAAGCUUCAAAGGAUGAUAUCACUGUCUAUUCAGCUUUGUCAUCAGUUCCAUCACAUGAAUAUGUGAAUGUUGCUAGGUGGUACAAGCACAUUGAUGCUUUGUUGAGAAUUUCUGGUGUUUCUGGUGAGGGGUCUGGUGUCAUUGUGGAAUCUUCUCUUGUGGCUGAAGAGGCUAUUGCCACUCCUCCAGCUGCUGACACAAAGGCCACUGAAGCGGAGGAUGAUGACGAUGAUGAUGUGGAUUUGUUUGGUGAAGAGACUGAGGAAGAGAAGAAGGCAGCCGAGGAACGGGCAGCAGCCGUGAAGGCAUCUGGCAAAAAGAAAGAGAGUGGAAAAUCAUCUGUAUUGUUGGAUGUGAAGCCAUGGGAUGAUGAAACUGACAUGAAAAAGCUUGAAGAAGCAGUGAGAUCUGUAAAGUUGGACGGGUUGUUAUGGGGUGCAUCCAAACUUGUUCCUGUUGGGUAUGGUAUCAAGAAGCUUCAAAUUAUGAUGACUAUCGUGGAUGACCUGGUUUCUGUCGACAAUAUGGUUGAGGAUUAUCUUACUGUCGAGCCCAUCAACGAGUAUGUCCAGAGUUGUGACAUUGUGGCCUUCAAUAAAAUAUAA